AAAAAUCAAAUCCCUGCGCAUUGAUCCGCGCCGUAUUUUUGGGUAAAUACGAUCACGUGGGGCGCGGCCGGCCAAUGGGAGGCGGGGAAAACGUUGAAAAAUAAUUACCUGCCUUGAUUGUUCUGGGGCAGAUAAAAAGUACAUAUACAGUUCAUACAAUAAUCUUAUGAAUGUAAAAGAGGCGCUGACGAUGUCGGCGACCGGGCCGAUAAGUAACUAUUAUGUCGACUCGCUGAUCGGCCACGAGGGCGACGAGCUGCUCGCCUCCCGGUUCCCGGCCCCCGGCGCGCACCCGGCGGCCGCCCGCCCCCCGGGUUUGGUCCCGGAGUGCUCGGAUUUCCCGUCCUGCAGCUUCGCCCCCAAGCCGGCCGUGUUCAGCACGUCUUGGGCGCCGGUGCCUACGCAGUCGUCGGUCGUGUACCACCCCUACACGCACCAGCCCCACAUCGGCGCCGACUCCAGGUACAUGCGAACGUGGUUGGAACCUCUCUCGGGAGCCGUCUCGUUCCCGGGCUUCGCGGCCGGCGGCCGCCCCUACGCGCUCAAGCCGGACGCCUACCCGGGCCGCCGGGCGGACUGCGGCCCUGGGGACGCGCGGGGCUACGCCGACUACAUGUACGGAUCCACCGGCGAGCUCCGGGAGCGGACCCCGCACGCCCUGCCCUCCCCCGAGUCGGACGCCCUGGCCGGCAGCAAACACAAAGAGGAGAAGACGGAUCUGGAUCCGAGUAACCCAGUGGCCAAUUGGAUCCACGCGAGAUCCACGCGGAAGAAGCGCUGCCCCUACACCAAGUAUCAGACUCUGGAACUGGAGAAGGAAUUUUUGUUCAAUAUGUAUUUAACCAGGGACCGACGAUACGAGGUGGCCCGGGUCCUGAACCUCACGGAACGCCAGGUCAAAAUCUGGUUUCAGAACCGGCGGAUGAAGAUGAAAAAAAUGAAUAAAGAAAAGAGCGAGAAGGAGCAGUCUUAGGCGCCUGGGGGGCCGGGGCCGGGCGGGGGUGGGGGCCGGCGCCGACCGAGAGGGCGAAGAAAUGCCCCCCCCGCCCCCCUCCCCGACGGAGAAAG